CCGGCGCGUCAUCGCUGCGCGACGCCAGCGGAGCCCGACGGGCCGGGCCGGGCCGGGCCGAGCCGGGGCCGCCAUGUGCGAGGCGGCGGGGGAGGAUGGAGGGUGCGGGGCGGACAUGGCAUCGGCACGGCGCCGCCGCGCCCCCGGACACAGCCACCCACGACCCUGCGUGAAGUGCGGGCAGGGCUCUGCCGCCCUCGUCAUCCGCCUCGGGGACGCCUUCUGCCGGGGCUGCUUCCGUGAGUACUUCGUGCACAAGUUCCGCGCGAUGCUGGGCAAGAACCGUGUCAUCUUCCCAGGAGAGAAGGUGCUGCUGGCACUGUCGGGGGGGCCAUCCUCCAGCGCCAUGCUCCGGCAGGUCCAGGAGGGGCUCAGCCGGGAGACAGCCAAGAGGCUCCGCUUCAUCCCCAGCCUCAUCUACGUUGACGAGGGAGCAGUGCUUGGGCAGAGCCCGGCGCAGCGGGAGCAGAGCCUGGCCCGCAUGGAGACCCUGCUGCAGGCGACUGGCUUCCCCUAUCACCUGGCCCACCUGGAGCAGGCGCUGGAGCUGCCCGCAUCCAUCUUGCGGCCGGGGCCGGGGGGUUCCGGAGAACCUGGCCCCUCCUACAAGGAGGCCGUGGAGGGCUUCAUCCAGCAGCAGCGGCAGGAGGGGGACCGGGACGAUGGCACCUCGCCACCCAGCCUCAGCGCCCCAGUGGGGGACCCGGCUGCCUCCCGCCUGCCCGCUGCUGCCCGCACCCAGGAGCUGCUACGGCUCUUUGAGGCCGUGGAGACGUCGACGGCAAGAGAGGAGCUUCUGCAGAUGCUGCGGACCCACCUCAUCCUGCAGACGGCGCGGACCAGGGGCUAUGCCAAGGUGAUGACGGGCGAGAGCUGCACCCGCGUGGCCAUCAAGCUCCUCACCAACCUGGCGCUGGGUCGCGGCGCCUUCCUCGCCGUUGACACGGGCUUCAUGGACGACCGCCAUGGCGAUGUGAUGGUGGUGCGUCCCAUGCGGGAGUACAUGGCCAAGGAGAUUGCCUUCUACAACCACUUCUUUGAGGUCCCCACCGUCAUCACGCCGCCCCUCCCCACCAAGCGCCGGGAGAAGCCCAGCAUCCACCGCCUGAUGGAGAGCUUCCUCCUGGGGCUGCAGGAGGAUUUCCCCGCCACCAUCAGCACCGUCUACCGGACGGGUGAGAAGCUGAGCCCGGCUCCGGCCAAGGCGAGCAGCGAGUCCGAGCGCUGCCUGCUCUGUCUGUGUGCCCUGGACAUCGCCGGGGAGGAGGAGUUGGCCCUGGAGCCCACGUUGAUCAUGGAUGAGCCGGAGCCGGCGGGGGACGGGUGCUGCCAGGACGCCCCAGCAGUGGGGGCUGAGAGCAGAGCUGCCUUCAUCCCACUGCUGUGCUACAGCUGCCGCCUCACCUUCAAGGAACUGGGUCCCCUUGCCACGCUGCCACCCUACGUGCGUGCUGAGGCCCAGCGCAGGAUCUGCAGUGCACAGAUGAAGCAGCAGAGCCAGGAGGUGCCGCUGGAGGAUGAGAAGCCUGGCGAGAGCUGAAGGGGCUGGGAACAGCGCGGGACACAGACCUCUGUCCCUGUGGGGCACCGGGGAGGCUGGGUGGCAUCCCCCUCCCAGGGACUCCCUAUAGGAUGGUGGGGGACCAGAGCCCCUGCUGGCCACUGGCCUCCAGGCAGCUGCUUUUACACCCCAUUUUGGUUACAGCCAGGGGGCAGGGAGAGCCCCCAGCCCCCAUUCAGUGGGGGCCAGGGGUGCUGGUACUCCCCAGGGGCAGCAGGUCCCCACUCCCCCCCUGCACGCACCUGUCCCUGCCCCAGCGGCACAUCAGCCAGAGAGGCCUCGCUUUUGUUUUAUUAGAUAUCUGUAUAAAUAAACCGUUUGAAUUAAUUAAAAAAA